CCGGGAGCUAAAUUUGUUUUCGUGUUUCCUCUUCAGUGGCUAGUAGUUACCGGUGGAUAAAGUGAAUAGUCAUGAUUCUCGGACUGUAAUUCCAAUGGGGCCUCAUUAAAAUAUAUUAGCCUGAGAUGUGGAGAUGGAGCAGCACAAUUCAGGGAGCGGGACGUCCGAGGACACACGGACCAGCCACUCUUCCCCUGUGACCUGCAGCGCACACGCCAGCCCCAGUUGUGAGGAGCAAGAGCAGAGCAGCGCUUCUUUGUCAGAAAACCACGUCCAGUCAGGAGACGCUGAGUCACUCCCGGACGACCGUGAUGCGGAGGCGGGUUGCCCCGGCGUCUCCACGGUAACGGACGGCUCUGCCAGGAGCCAGGAUGAGCUGCCCGAGCAGGACUCGGCCCCCGACACCACCGUGAGCGGCCAGAGUGACCGUCCGCCCGACCCCGACCCCGACACUGACCCCGACGCCACCGUGAGCGGACAGAGUGACCGUCCGCCCGACCCCGACGCCGACCCCGACCCCGACGCCGAGGACUCUGCCAGGACCUCAGACGUGGCGUGUGGCGCCGAGGACUCGAGCGAGUUGGUGGAGGCGUGUGGCGAGGAUGCGGGCGUAGCGGGUGGCGAGGAUUCUGGCGAGUUCGUGGAGGCGUGUGGCGCGGCGGGUGGCGAGGAUGUGGGCGCGGCGGGUGGCGAGGACUCGGGCGAGUUCGUGGAGGCCAUGCUGGCGCGCAGCAAGCUGGAGGAGCAGGGUCUGGGCACCAAGGGCAGCUCGCCGCCGCUGGCAGAGGCCGGGUCGGCACACCCGCCGGGGUGGCACCGCGACGAGGACGUGACGGCGGACGCCUGGCGGGCGCACAGGAAGCACGUGUUCGUGCUGAGCGAGGCGGGAAAGCCCAUCUACUCGCGCUACGGCAGCGAGGAGGCGCUGUCCUCCACCAUGGGCGUCAUGAUGGCGCUCGUCUCCUUCGUCCAGAGCGGAGACAACACCAUCCGCUCCGUCUACUCAGACCAGCAGGUGGUGGUGUUCAUGCAGCAGGGCCCGCUGGUGCUGGUGUGUGUGUCGCGCAGCGGUCAGUGUGAGGCGGCGCUGCGGCGGGAGCUGCGCUACGUGUACGGCCAGAUGGUGAGCAUGCUGACGCAGGGCUGCAUCCGCCGCAUCUUCCAGCACAAGCAGAACUACGACCUGCGGCGGCUGCUGGCCGGCUCCGAGCGGAUCCUGGACGCGCUGCUGGACCUGCUGGACGUGGACCCCAGCUUCCUGCUCGCGGCCGUGCGCUGCGUUCCGUUGCCGUGCGCGCUGCGCGACGCGCUCGGACACACGCUGCAGAAGGCCGUCACGCCCAACCUGGUGUUCUCCAUCCUCAUCGCCCGGCAACAGCUCAUCACCAUCGUGCAGGAGAAGACCGUCAUCGAGGACGCGCGACUGGAGCCCUCCGACCUGCACCUGCUGCUCAACCUCAUAGGAGCCUCCUCCGCCUUCCAGGCCGGCGAGAUCUGGACGCCCAUCUGCCUGCCGUGCUUCAACCCGGACUGCUACUUCUACGCGUACAUCUCGUACCUGGACCCCCCGGCCUGCACGGUGUGCCUGCUGCUGCUGUCCACGGACAAGGAGGCCUUCUACGCCGUGGCCGAGUGCAAGCGCCGCAUCGAGGAGGCCAUGGUGGCCCAGAGCGCCCUGGCAACCAUCGCCAAGGCCCACUCCUACAGCGUCAGCCAGGUGGGCGUGCCCGACCUGCGCCACUUCAUGUACAAGCCCUUCGACGUCCCCGACAACCACCGCCAGCUCACGCAGUUCACCAGUCCAGAGAUGGAGUGUCCGUACAGUACUGAGGCAGAGCGGACUCGUCUGUUGGAUUUGUACCGAGACCUCCACAGCCGCCUGCACAGCUCCUCACGCCCCCUCAAACUCAUCUACCACGUAGCAGAGCGGGAGACGCUGCUCGCCUGGGUGACCAGUAAGUUUGAGCUGUACACCUGCUUCAGCCCGCUGGUGACGAAGGCGUCGGCCAUCAACGCCAUCACCAAGCUGCUGCGCUGGAUCAAGAAGGAGGAGGAGCGCCUCUUCAUCCGCUACCCGCCCAAGUACUCCACCACGCCGCACCCCAGCCGCUCCGCCCGCAAGCCCACCCAGCAGCCCGACGCCGCCGACAACGGCUUCCUCUCGCUGCUGUAGCGCCCCCUGGUGGGCCGAGCCGGUCCGGACUGAUACGGGGGGCCUGCGGGAGGCCCGGCGCCGCCACGUCUUCCUGAGCCGCUGUGCUCCGACCGCCGAGUCUUACGACCCUUGACCCCUGAGGCGCUGUGCUCCGACCGCCGAGUCUUACGACCCCCGACCCCCGACCUCUCAGGUGGACACUAGCGACUCUCUCUCUCUCUCUCUUUCAUCUGUACCUCUAUCCCUUCAUCUGUAUUUCUCUUCCAUUAUUCCCUCUCUUCAUCCCUUGCUUUCUAUUAAUCUGUAGCGUUCUCCAUCCCUUGUGCUCUCUCCAUUUCUCUUUGU